UGUUCAGUUCAGAUCACAUUCGACGUCACUGCCACCAUGUUGGAUCAGGAAGUGGGCAGAGUCGAAACAGGAAUACCGAGCCGAGUUUAACGUCAACGGCCGUCUUUAUUCGAUCGGUCAACCAUUUCACUGUUCUCACCUUUAACAUUCAGGUUACAUGCUGCGUGGCUUUCUAGCAGGUCGAGGUAGGCGCUUUUCUUCGGAUUUGAUCGUUUUGCAGCACCAGCUAUGGCAUCUCUAACGCAGAGAACCUCGGGCCUCGUCCAGAGGAGGACCGAGGCCAUUCGCAGCGCCGCCGUCGACAAGGAGAGGGAGUCCGGCGGGGAGGAGGACGAAGCGCGCCGCGGGGAGGAGGAGGACGACGACAAGGGGGACUCGAAGGAAACCAGGCUCACACUGAUGGAGGAAGUGUUGCUCUUGGGCCUCAAGGACCGAGAGGGCUACACGUCUUUCUGGAACGACUGUAUUUCUUCCGGUCUUCGCGGAUGUAUGCUGGUCGAGCUGGCCCUCAGAGGGAGGCUACAGCUGGAGCCCUGCGGUGUGAGGAGGAAAAGCCUGCUCUCAAGGAAGGUAAUCUGCAAGUCAGAUGCCCCGACGGGAGAUGUGCUACUAGAUGAGGCCCUGAAGCACAUAAAAGAAACCCAGCCUCCAGAGACUGUCCAGAGCUGGAUAGAGCUGCUUAGUGGAGAGACUUGGAAUCCCCUGAAGCUGCACUACCAGCUGAGAAAUGUUAGAGAACGUCUGGCCAAAAACCUGGUGGAGAAGGGUGUCCUCACCACAGAGAAACAGAACUUCCUGCUUUUUGACAUGACCACACAUCCGCUCACCAACAGUACUAUUAAACAGCGCCUCGUCAAGAAGGUACAGGACUCUGUUUUGGAGAAGUGGGUCAACGACCCCCACCGCAUGGACAAGAGGGUUCUGGCGCUGAUCCUUCUGGCCCACUCAUCCGACGUUCUUGAGAAUGCCUUCGCCCCACUCCAAGACGACCAGUACGACCUGGGCAUGAAGAGAGUCCACACUCUGCUAGAGCUGGAGCCAGAGAAAGAGAGCACAAAGCCCAACGUCAAUGAACUUAUGUGGGCUGUUGUGGCCACAUUUACUAAAUGAGAACACCUGAUUGGUUGGACUGGAAGAUCUGGCUAUGGUCUGUGUUAUUUAAUUGGUUGAAGGACUUCACUUAAUGAGACAGACUUUAAUAAGACAAUCUAUUUUGGUUGGGGAGCCUGUUUGUACAUCUAUUCCGGAUGACAUUUUGGUGGUAGUCCAUAUUAACCCAGUGCAAUCUGAUUGGUGGUGGGCUUCACCAAGUAACAUUUGAUGGGUUGGAAUGCUCUCUAAAUGAAUCUGACGCUGCUGGGUAAACAUCAACACUACGAACAGAUGGGCUUCUGUUGAUGUUAGAUGAUAUCAAAGUACAAAGCAGGUGGCAGCAGUAGUCAUGGUGAAUAUGAAGAUUUUGACUGGGGCCAAGUUUACCUUCAACACUAAGGAAACAUUUCUCCAUUACAACAAGAUCUGGCUAGAAUCAAAUCCUGGUCUCGUCUCCAUACUCUCCCCACAUGCUUAUGCAAGGAUCAAGGAUAGCAAAUUACACGGCUGUCGAUGCUCUUUGCAGUCACGCAGGUCUCCUGCAUCCGUCUAUUCAUUCCCACUUGUGUUGGGAGUGCAUACUUAGGGUUACUGUUAGAAUAGACUACCUGAAUGUUUUAUCGAUUCACGCUGUCUUCUCAUUAAAUUCUCUUUUCUCCUUUCUUCCUCAUUGCAUUUUUAGGAGGAAAGAGAGAACACAAACGCUUGAGUUCAGUUGCUGCAUCAUUAAGAGUAAACCAGUUAAUUUGGCCCUUAUAGUCUCUGACCUAAAUGAAGAAUUAAACCUUGAGUCUAGCAUUGUCUUAUUAGUUUGCUGUUUUUGCAAUGGGUCCACUCUGUUUAUAGAAUGAGACUAGUCUUCCAUUUCUAUUUAUGUUGCUAAUCGAUGCUUGGAGUAGCCUGCCAUUUGUUACUAUUUUGCACAGUCAAUAGCCCUGUAGGUAUAGAGAUUUUUUGGGGGUUGAGUAACACACUUGUGAAGAUGAGAUUGAAAAUUAUGAACCAUAGGAACAAUGGUUUAAAAAAAAAAGAUCUGACUUAUUUUGUCUACAGCUAUUGAUCUAUAUGCAUACUUUAAAAUCAUUCCUCUGGACAUAUAAAAAAAAAAGCUUCUGUUAAUAUUUUUAAGUGCGAAUUGAGAUGUAAAGAUGCAGGAAAAGCAAACGAUGAUCAAAUCUGUUCUGAUCUGGAUUGCUGUGAACAGCCUACACAAGAUUUACAAUAUGAUCAUUAGCAGUUGUUUAUACAAAUGGGCUAGGAAAUGUUAGCCAAACGGGCUAGUUUCAGUCCAGAAAAGGUUAAAGGGUCGAUUCACCAGAAUUGAAAAAAACAUUAUCUCGUAUAACACUGGUGGUAUCUAGCUGUGCAGUUAGUUUUGGUUUUAUUUAGCUUUUGAAAUAUGUCUCGGAGAUAUCUGCCUCUAUCUUAAUACAAUGAGGGUAAAUGGAAUUUCCUUUUAAGAUGCAGUAAAAUCAUUCGGAAACAUCUCUUUCUGGAGUUUCCUGAAACUAGUCCACAAACUUUACUGUAAACCUUUUUUCUUUGGAACUACUUUGCACAGAAAAGAACUAUGAAAACAACGGUUAUCAGCAUGGUCUGUGGAAUCACUAGUUACCAACAGAGGUAAGUGAGACAACGUGUUCUGUAAUUUGGGUGAACCGACCCUUGUAAGUUUCCCUCUCGCAAUAUAAUGUAUCUCUCAGUUUGUAUGUCGUGUCAUAUUUAGAAGUUAUUUCUCUCUGAUAGGCCCACGUGGGCAUGUUGUAUUGUUUCAUACAUGCAGAUGAUGGGAGGGUUACUUGGGCCCCAGUGAAUCCUUUUGUUAAAGACUGAAACUGUUCAACAACAUGCAAUCCAUUGGAGCAACAACUAUCUCCAAACACGCUUUAGUGCAGAUCUGGGAAAACUUCUGUUUCAAUAUAAAAUCAUGAUUGUAAACAUCAUGCUGGUCUGAUGAGUGUGAUGUAUGAGGUUAUAUCACCUAUUGUUUCAUGGCAUACUUACAGUUGUGUCUUCUUUUUUUCUACCAACAAAAUACCAAGAGGUAUGAAGAAUUGUUGAGAUCCGUUUACAGCAAAGAGACCAUGCAUGCUAUUGGUGGAGGGCCGGGGUACUAGCGGAUGUAGCUACAGAGAAAAGGCUUGUAUGUAAUUAUUAGUCAUUUUAUGUGUACACUCUAAUGGAAUUCAAUGAAAGGGAUGUUCUCUCCUAUCCUCUAUAAUUCUGUAUGCUUUUGUAUUACUACACAAAAUAAAGUAAGGAUCCUUUAAGUGCCUGAAUUGA